AUGGACAUGAAUUUUGGCUUCGGAAAUGACGCAUUUUUUGAACAAGGGAACAGAUCAACGGAUAAAGAAGAUACAGAAAAAAUAAAGAAAAAUGAAUCAAGUGAAAUAAUAAAGAAAAAUAAUGAAAUAGAUGAAGAAAAGGAAUUGCCAAAAGAAUUGUGUGUACCUGUUACUAUAAAAUUAUUAUUAAAUAAAAUGGCAAACAAUGAAGAAUUUAAAAUACAUGAUUUUCAAAUUAGUGGAAUAAUUGUAUUUGGAAAAGUUUGUAAAAUUAAGGAACUAGCUAGUGCAACCAUUUUUGAAAUUUGUGAUUACACAGGAAAUAUUGAAGCAAAAUAUAAUAAAGAUGCAAAAAAUGAAAAAGUAAAAAAUCAUAUAGAAAGCAUAAAAGUCAAUGAUCAUAUUAAAGUAGUUGGAGUAGUAUACUCUCCAGAAAGUAAAACCGAACUAGUACAAAUAAGUAUAUCAUAUAUUAAUAAAGUUGAUGAUUGGGUAUCCUAUUUUUCUUAUUUCACCUCAGAUGUAAUAUACUGUUAUUUAAAAUUAUUAAAACUAAAAAAUAUAUAUGCAUCUAAUGGAACAAUUAAUGAAGAGAAACCAUGGUCUCAUAUAACAUUAGAUUCAUAUUACAAUCAUAUGGAUGAUAUUGACACAGAUAUUAUAAAAUAUUUACACACAACUGCAGAAAAAUAUGCAAAUCAGCAAGAUAUUUUUAAUAAUCUUCAAAAAUACCAUUCAGAAAUGAAUAUAAAGAAAUCGUUAACAAAACUUAUCGAACAGUACGAUUUGGCUCAGUAUGAAGAUAUCAUAAGCAUACCUUAA